AUGAUUAAGUAGAGAAGAUUUAUUUUUUACUAAGCUGAUAUUAUUGCUAAGUAAUUAAUUUAAAGAUAAUCAUGUAUGAAUAUUAGUAUGUUGAAUUUAAUGGCUAUCUAAUAGUCAUCUAGUUUAUUGCAUCAAAAGUCUAAAACGAGGCAAAGGAGCUUAUUUUUCUAGAAUGUUUGCAGUUUUACAGAUAUUGCAGGAACAUAACCUCACUAAAAUAAAAAAAAAAAUGUAAAAAGUAGUUAAAGUGAGAGCGAGGAAGAGGAAGUAAAUAUCAGAAAAAAAGAGGACAAAAAAAAAGAUUAAACUGAUGCAUACCAUCUCAUUUAAAAGAUUUAACACUCUGUGCCUAAUAUAAGAUCAAGAUAUUAUAGUAUGUAUGAUACAUUUUAAAAUAUCUAUAUUGAAGAUAAUGUUUAGUUCUUUAAGGAAGCAAGAUUUAAAUUUAAGAUAAAUGAUAUUGCUAUUUUUUGUUACUUUAGCUUGAGGGAAAUCUAAGAUAUGUAUAAGAAGGAGCAUAAAAUUCUUUCAUUUAUGAUGGAGGAUAAAAUUAUAUAGCGUUUUCGUAGCCACUUUGAUAAGAACAAAAGAUUCUAGAAAAUAUUCUCAAAUUACUUUGAGUUACCAAUAAAUGAAAGAUACGAGUUAGUUGCUUAAAAAUUUGGUCAUAGCAACACACAAUUUUAUUUGGAUUUUUAUCCUCUAUACGAUUUGUUUUUCGCUUUUGCAGCCUAAAAUUUAGGAAAAAAAUAUGAAGAGUCUAUUGAAAUUUAUAAUUUAUUACAAAUUGAGGAGCCUCAUCAUUUAUAUCAGGAUACUCGUAAAAUGAAAAGAAAAAUUAUUUAUCAUUAUGGUCCAACAAAUUCUGGAAAAACACACUCAGCUUUAGAAACUUUGAUGAGUGCUAAAUCUGGAAUAUACUGUGGUCCACUCAGACUUUUGGCUAGAGAAAUUUAUUAAAAAUUUAAGUAAAGAGGGUUAAACUGUAAUUUAAUUACAGGUUAAGAAAAAUUAAUAGAGCCUGAUUCAUAGUUCUACUCUUGUACCACUGAAAUAGGAUGCUAAAAAAUUGAUUUGGAUUUUGAUUGUGCUGUUAUUGAUGAAAUAUAGUAUUUAGGUGAUUAAGAGAGAGGUGCUGCAUGGACUAAAGCUUUUUUAGGUCUUAAGGCUAAGGAAAUACAUGUCUGUGGCGAUGGAAGAGCACUAUAAUUAGUAGAGAACAUGUGUAAACAAGUUGGUGAUUAAUUUGAAACAGUCAAAUAUGAAAGAAUGAGUUAAUUAACUGUUGAAGAUAAGCCAUUUGAACUUCAAGAUUUGCAAGAAGGAGACUGCUUGAUUUGCUUUAGCGUUAAUGAGGCUAUUUCUUUCAAAAGAAUUGUUAACAAUUAUAUUAACUCUAAAAAUCCUGAUAAUCCUUAGAGUUAAGAAAAUUAAUGUAGUAUUAUUUAUGGUAGAUAGCCAGCUGAAAUUAAAAAAGAAUAAGCUGAACUAUUUAAUAAUAGGACACAUAAGUAUCUUGUUGCUACAAAUGCAAUAGGUCUUGGACUUAAUUUAAAUAUAAGAAGAGUAGUUUUCACAACAUUUACUAAGAAUCAUUAAAGUUAAAGAAAAGGUAUAGAUUCGAAUGAAAUACUUUAGAUUGCUGGAAGAGCUGGGAGAUAUAGGGAAGAUGGAUUAGUAACAGCAAGAAAUGUAAAAUAGAUAAAAAUACUAAAAGAAACUCUACAAAAAAGGGAUUAACUCAUAUAAUAGUAAACCAUUUAAAAAGCUGCUUUCUUCCCAACAUAUGAGCAGAUUGAAGGUUUUAGAGAUUGGCUAAGCUAAGGAAAGAAAAAAAAAUAGAUAAAACUAAGUGAAGUCUUUCAAAAGUUUGUAAAUUAUUCUACAUUACAAGGAGCCUAUUUUAUAGAAAAUGAAAGAGAAUUUUGUCAUAAGGCAGACCUAAUUGAAGAUUAUGGAUUGUCUCUUAGUGAUUAAUUUACAUUUAGUUAAGCUCCUAUGAGAUUUGGAAAAGUUUUUGAAAAAGAGAGGGAACUAUUCUAGCUAUUUGCUUAAAAAUAUGCUAUGGGAUAGGAAAUUGCUUUACCAAAUCUUUUAAAAGAUGAUGAUAAAAUCAAGAAUAUUAAAUAGCAAUAAUAAGCCAAUAAAGAUUCGCUAACAAUUUAUGAAUCUCUGUAUUACAUUUUAGAAUUAUAUAUAUGGCUUGGGAAUAAAUUUGGUGAAGAUAGAUUCCCUGAUAUGCAAUUAGCUCACAACAAAAAGUCAGUGAUUUGUAGUAUGAUGAAUGAAAUACAUUCACAUAACUAAUAUCAAUGA